AUGGCCAUCGUGAGAGGCAAGACCCAAAGAUGUUUGGGCGCAUACAACACUAAACUUGGCGUUCCUGGCACUGUCUACACAUACCAGGAGAGAGCGUGGAUGGAAGAUCAGCUGGGGGAGAGAUGGUUCGAAGACCAUUUUCUCAAGUAUUGCGGCUCAGAGAGACCUCAGCUAAUCAUCCUUGAUAGCCAUUCGUCUCAUGAGACACUGGGUUUUCUGGAGAAGGCACGGGAGAACAACGUUACAGUUCUUGCGUUCCCUCCCCAUACAACCCAGUGGCUAUGUCCACUAGACAAAAGCGUAUUUAGUUCUUUAAGUAGGGAAUGGAAUUUUGGGUGCUCAGAUUAUAUGAGCAGUAGCCCCAACAACAUUGUUUGUAAGUGGGAGUGGCCGAGGUUGUUCAGAGCUUCUUACGACAAAGCAUUCACCGCCAGUAAUAUCAUCAAUGGCUUCAGGAAAUGUGGGAUAUUUCCUUUCAAUCCCACAGCCAUCCCCAGGUCAGCAUUUGCACCGUCGCAGCCCUUUGACAACGCUCCUACAUCAAAGUCCCCAGUGAGCAACGAAAUAGUUGCAUGCGGUGACGAGUCAUCGGUAGCUGUAGCUACCCCUGAAACAGCUGAAACACUCCAUGAUGCAGAUGCACUUCAAGCUGCAGCUACUCCAGAACCGACACCAUCUACAUCCGUCCAGCAGGAGGCUGACCUUCCAGAGGGAGCAGAGGUCUUGUCAGCUGAAGAAUUCAUCCUCUCUGUUCUCACUGGAGACGUCCCUUCAUCAUUUGAUGAAUCUGGCAACAUGGUUGUAGAGAUUGCAAGCGAUGAAGGGUUGCCACUUACACAACUGGAAGCAGUUAACCGGGAGUUUGCUUUGCCUGAAACUAAAAAGUCAGAGGGCAAAGUCAAUCCCAGAAAGCUGACCUCACAUAGAAUCUUGACAAGUGACCAUAUCAUUGAAAUGAAAAGAGAGAAAGUUGAGCAGAAACGGAAAAAUGAAGCAGAAAAGAAGGCCAGAAAAGAGCAGAGAGAACUUAAACUAAAACUUAAGAAUAAUCAGAAGUAG